GCCUGGCGGAUCCGCCCCCUCAGCCGCAAGGCGGUGUGACAGACCCACCGCGAGGGAAGCGGAGAGGCGGCGUCAGCAGGAGCAGCGUCAGCAGCUGUUGUUGUUAUUAUCCUCCCUGUCUGAGGCGCCUCUUUCCCCGCCCCCUCUCCCGCUUUCUGGUGUGAGGAGGGGUCGGGAGCAUCAAGGCGCUGCCGCCCCCGGCCAUGGUCCCCCGCCCGUCGCCUUGGAAGCAGGAGGAUUUGGGGCGGCCGCCAUUGCCGGAGGAGGAGGAGGAGUGGGCUGCGGGGCGGUGGCGGCGGCUAUGAAAGGAUGGACGCGGACGAGGUGACCAUCCGCGAGCAGAACUUCCACAGCCAAGUGCGGGAGUACACGAUCUGUUUUCUUCUGUUCGCUAUUCUGUAUAUUGUUUCCUACUUCAUUAUCAGAAGAUAUAAGAGGAAAGCAGAUGAGCAAGAGGAUGAAGAUGCAAUUGUCAAUAGAAUUUCGCUGAUCUUGAGUACAUUUACUCUAGCAGUUUCAGCUGGUGCUGUUCUUCUUCUACCUUUCUCAAUAAUCAGCAAUGAGAUCCUGCUCUCUUUUCCACAAAGCUACUAUAUUCAGUGGUUAAAUGGCUCUCUAAUUCAUGGUUUAUGGAAUCUUGCUUCCCUCUUUUCCAAUCUAUGUUUAUUUGUAUUGAUGCCAUUUGCUUUCUUCUUUCUGGAGUCAGAAGGCUUUGCUGGUUUAAAAAAGGGGAUCAAAGCACGCAUCCUGGAAACUCUUGUUAUGCUCAUUCUUCUUGCACUGCUUAUCCUUGGAAUUGUGUGGGUUGCUUCAGCUCUCAUAGACAAUGACGCUGCGAGUAUGGAAUCUUUGUAUGAUCUUUGGGAAUUCUACCUCCCUUAUUUAUAUUCCUGUAUAUCAUUGAUGGGAUGUUUAUUACUUCUACUAUGCACGCCAGUGGGACUUUCACGAAUGUUUACAGUGAUGGGUCAGUUGCUUGUGAAGCCAACAAUCCUUGAAGACCUAGAUGAACAGAUAUAUAUCAUCACCCUAGAAGAAGAAGCUAUCAUAAGAAGGCUAAAUGGGGUAUCUUCUCCAAUGGAGUACAACACAAAGCAACUGGAACAGGAACUGAAUAAUGUGAAGGGCAUGAAGACAAAAUUGGAGCGACGGAAAAAGGCUUCGGCAUGGGAGAGGAAUCUUGUGUAUCCAGCUGUGAUGAUAUUGCUGCUAAUUGAAACGGCAAUCUCAGUCCUCUUAGUUGCUUGCAAUAUUCUUUGCCUGUUGGUUGAUGAAACUGCAAUGCCAAAGGGCUCAAGGGGGCCUGGCAUAGGAAAUGCCUCUCUAUCCACAUUUGGUUUCGUGGGAGCAGCACUCGAGAUCAUUUUGAUUUUCUAUCUUAUGGUCUCCUCUGUCGUUGGCUUCUAUAGCCUACGCUUUUUUGGAGAUUUCACUCCCAGGAAGGAUGACACAACAAUGACAAAGAUAAUUGGGAACUGCGUUUCUAUAUUAGUCCUCAGUUCAGCUUUGCCAGUUAUGUCAAGAACGUUGGGCAUUACCAGGUUUGAUCUCUUGGGAGACUUCGGAAGAUUUAACUGGUUAGGAAACUUCUACAUUGUGCUAUCUUACAAUCUGCUCUUUGCCAUUAUGACAACCCUGUGUUUGGUUAGAAAGUUCACCUCUGCAGUUAGAGAAGAGCUCCUCAAAGCAUUAGGUUUAGACAAACUUCAUCUCUCGCACAAUGCAAGAGACUCUGAGACAGCAAAGCCCUCUGUAAAUGGGCAUCAGAAAACACUGUGAAAAGUAGCUGGUGGAACUGUGCCCUUCAACUUCAUGGCAUUCCUGUCACCUCAUCGCACUUGUUUUUUGUAUGCUUUUACUUGUUUGUAUAUUGGGUCCAAACUGGUAACAAAUGCACUCAAUCGGUUUUGAAUCAGACUGUACUCGUUUUCCUUGGAUUGUUUUCCAUGUUAAUUAAUCAGCCAGUGCAGAGAUGCAUCUUGAAACCUGGAAGCUGAAAAGAAAACUGCAUUCCUCUUUGAAGAGACCUCUAUAUUGAUCUGUCAGCAUACCAGGCGAAGAACCUUCUGUGCAGAAAUGCAUUGCUGAAGAAUGGGGCUGGGUGUCUGAGAUGAACAUUGCUAGUUGAAAUAGCAAACGCUCCACUGGAGUUGCUGCUUUUCCAUAAGAUUGCAUUAUAACAACUGACAUCUUGUAGAGAGUGCAGUAAGGUCUAGAAUCAAUACAUUAAUCUCCCCGUUUGCACCAUGAUUGUGUCUAAGAUAUGAGCAGUUCUUAGUUCUAAAUGACAAACUGCCCUCUAGUUAUCACUAGGCAGAACUUUCAUCACGACUUAUGAAUUCCAUUAUAACUUAAUCCCACACUGUAGUGCUAAACAUGAGCUUGGAAAACAGAGUAAUUUCACAGACCUUUUGACUAUUGUGUACAUAACCAUGCAUAUGGGAUAUGUUAACAAUACAACAGUAACAGACUCUACUAAAUAAUGUGCACAGAAAAUUCUGUUGAUCCCGUUCUGUGUAAUGUCAGCCAUAUGCAUAAACAGUGAUAAAAGAAGCCAGUUGCUCAUAAUUUCACAAGUAUUGGCUUAAAAUGACUUCCCACUCCUAAGUGUGCAGUGCAUUCUAGCUCAUUGAUGCAAACCACUUUUUCAUUAAUUGCUUUAGUUGUUGAUUAUAUAUGAACCUGUGUCUUUUUUAAAAAAAACACCCAACCUCAACAAGUCAUUGAGCUAUUAGAUCACCCUGUCAACUUUUUUUUUUAGAAUAAAAACAUAGAUUCCUAUUCAGGGAUUUAGAUAUGGUAUUGUUAACAGAGCAUGCAAUUUUCUUUGAUAUUGCCACGCUUUUGAAGUUUACAAAUCCUAUGUGUGACGUAUAAAGCUGAAGGAAAUUAAAACGGAGUUUGUUAGUUAACAUAUUUUGAGUAGAAGUGGGUAGCUUGUUAACGACCAGUGCGACUAUUCACUAUGUAACUUUGCUGAAACAUUGUAGUUGGUUGAAGGGACAGUGGCUGCGGCAUUGCGGACUGCAUUUUAUAGGUUUGAUCAAAUAAGAUUAACUGGAACUUUGCAACUCCAAGCAUUUCAACUCAGAUUCAAAAUAUCAGUAUUAUGUUAAUCUUGGUUGUUCUAGGGCCUCUAAUUUAAACUCAGUUUUGAUGUUUAGAUAGCCUAAUGUUUUACCCAAUUUUUAAAGAAAGAUCAAAAUUUUAAUUAGGAUUCAAAGCCCUUUUCCCACUGCUUGAUUUAAGUAUGCAUUUCUUGGAUAUCAGAAACUUACUGCUUAUGUUUUACAUACAUAACAUAUAGAAAUUAAUUUUGCUUUAAAAAUUUGGAAAGUAAUGUUGUAGUAAAUACAUAAUAGCAAUUGUGCUAACAUAGGCAAUGGGCAUGGUAAAUAGAACACAUGCAGGACAGAAUAUACUUCAUGGGACAGAUUCUAGGAACUGGGAUAGAUUGUAACUGGGGCUAUUAGUCACAAUGGACCCUAAUCAACUCUAUAUUCAAAUGCUGAAACCUCUAUUUCAGUUUGAAAUGGCAGGAACUUUAGGAUGAAUUGGAUGUCUCUUACCCUGAUGAAAUUGCUUCACUGUACUUUUAAGCAACUUAGUCAUCACAGGGGGCAGCUGCCCUCCAUGAUUUUUAGUGAUAUGACACCUCCACUCAACACCAGUAAUGUGUCCACAGAAAAUAUCCAUCUCUAUAUACCCUUGGUUGAAGAGUGGACUGAGACAGCCAGUUUAUUGCUGUAGCUACUGCAGUUAAAGCAUUGGCCUAGUUUGCAUGAGCAAACAGCCCCCUGUGGAUUGUAUAAGCCAUGGUGUGUGCCAGCUGGCAUUUUGCAUAUUCAACCUCCAACUGGCAAUUUGUGUCGUCCAAACCCAGCCAUUAUGGGUUAUGCAAGGAUUAAACAACCCUCGCAUAACCCGACAACAGACCAUGCUACCUUAAAUCAUAAAUCUUAUGAGAGAUUUACUUAUCCCACAAUGUCUGGGUUUAGACAACAUGACAAUCCCUGGUCGAGGGUGGAAUUUGCAAAAUGCUGGCUGGCACAUGCCAGCACUUAACCCAUGGUGGGCAGUUUUGAUCAUGCAAACCAGCCCAUUGACUGGGUUCAGACACACUGUAAUGAGCACCCAUGUGUGCCACGUUGCAUAUGCAACUGAGUAGAGCGGAGUUCGAAAGAAUUUGUGACUCCAUGGCUACCCUGCCACAUAGAGAAAAUAAGUUUGUAAAUUUAAUCAAGGGUUUGAUUUAGGUACCUAUUUCUAAUUGAAUUCACCUGUGUGAUGAUUGCAAAAGGUACUUGGUGGUGCUGUGGAGGAAGAGUGGCUGAAGUCACCUAAAAGUAAUAAUACAUCGAGAACAGUCAAUCCAUAUUUUAGGAGAGAAAGAGGGAUUUCCUGUGUGGACCUUGAUUAAAUUACGGGUUAAUUCACUGGGAAUGGAUCCAGUACAUAUUCCCAUUCAAUUAAGGAGAGUUGUGUAAGAGAGGAAAUGAUUUCCUUGGUCAUCCUGGAUUAGUCAGCAUUAAUGGUCCAUGAUAUAUUGGGAGAGGUUGCCCCCCCCCCCACUGGUUUCAGUCUAGGUAGCAGUAACUUCUGGGAUCCAACAUAUUUUUCAGACCAUGUAUUGGCAUGCAUCUAUCUAAAUAUACCUCUGGAAACAUUUUUCAUGUCCAACUAGGUAAAUGGGAGGUAACUGUCUUGAAUCUAUACAUCUAGUGUGGGUCUAGUGCUAGUACAGCAGACUGUUCUUUGUUGGUACAAAGAAUACAUGGGAAAUUUAAAGUCAGCCUGAGCUAUUACCCCUCCCCCUCCCAAAAUAUGCACACAUGUAUUUAUGUGGCACUACUGUGGAAACGGAUAUGAAGCAAGAGACACCAGAGCAGGGUAGAUACCUAUUUCCUUCGGCUAGAAAUCUCUGGUAUGUGACUGUCUCAUUUCUUUGCCUUAUCCAUGUGAAACAGUCAUUUUCUUUCUCAGUGCAAAUUAUUUUACAAAUGAGAUUUCCUUUCAAAUAUGCUAAAAGAAAAACCCUACUCAUAAAUUCUUAAAAAUUAAAAAGGCUUAAAUGUGUUUUAAAUAGAUGGAGAUAGUUAUUGAUGUAUAUUGGCAAUGCAUUUCUAGUGGUUUGACUCACUGAGAGUCAAGUUUUCUGUACCCUUUAAAGGUACAAAUAGCUUUUCUUUGGACAUCAACUGUGUGCCUCAUUUAUUGCGAGGCUUAAGCACAAAUAUGCUCUUUUUGUGUAAACUAGUUAUAUAACAAACCAGACCAAAACCGUAUGUAAGUUAAGUGUCUUAAGUGAGCCAUUAUUUGGCUUUCUCCUCCAUUGGUGUGUUAACACACCGUGACAGAUUCGUUGUUGCAAAGUCUGAGCACAUUUUUACUAUUCAACUUUUUAAGCUAAACUGGACAGAGUUAAUUCAGAAGCAGGAUUCACUAGGACACUUUGUUUACAGAUUGUAAUGUGAUGUUUAUCUUCACCCCUCUUUCUCCAAUAUCUUUUACACAGUUGCCUGUUUUACAGUGUUGAUUAAAGAAUUUGACAAGAUGUUCUUGUACAA